GACGGAGGCGCAUGUUACCUCACGUGUUGGGCGUAAUGCAUCGCGUUUCCGACACGUGAUGCCUCUUCAUCGCCGUCGGCGCCGCACGGCACGGCGCGGCGCGGCGUGACGUCUCCCUCCAUCGACGGCACCGAAGAAAUGCGAGUGUCGUCGCUCCGCGGCUCGUAGUCGUCGGCGCGCCUGCGAUUUGCGAGUACGCGGAGCACUGCUAGCUCGAUAACGAGCGGCAAGAGAGUAAUCGUCUCCCCGAGGGUGUCAAGUGAAAAUCUGAGUUUGAGAUAAUACAUCGAGUAUGAAAAUACAACUAUAUGAUACGAAAAUGAAAAGUUGUUCCACUUAAAUGAAAGAGGAAAGAUAUAUCGUGAUAUUAUUGUCGAACGUGUCGGACUAUACUUUAAAUUUGAGUAAUCAAUCUUAUGAAAAUAACAAUACGUUAUACCAGCGGUAACACACAAUUGAUAGUAACAAAGGAUACAAAUCAAAGCUGUAUAAUCGAACAUUCUCCGUUGUGAAAUCCACUUGGACCGCAUGUGUAACAGCUGUUGCUGCAAAUUUUAAGAGUGUCCCGGUGAAACUCGACGUAACCGCGAACGGUUUGUGGGAACUGACCGGAGAAGAAACAUACAAUUCGGUGUCGAGGUUUUCCUUCGCGGGGGAAAAUUGUUUUCGAGAGUGAAGUCCAGGCGGCGCAAUUGACUUGGACGGUUUACCGACGUGGAAGUUCAUUGUCGAAUGGUAUACACGUGCGCGCCGCGCACAGGGGAACAUUUUAAAGGGAAAACGGCAAGGGCGAUAUUGAUCCUCCGAGCGGAUCGAUAUUUCCAUUUCUGAAAAUAUCCCUCGCGGAGGAAGCUUCAGAGAUAGCAGACGGUAUCUCUCUCCCUUCCGUGUCUCGUCGCUCGACGGCAGGAUGGUCACGCAUAGUAUGGAUAACAUCCUGAACAUGCAGUACUACCCGGCGAACAGCCAUGUCGACGCGUCGGUGCAUUCACCGCCGCCGAGGAAGAGACGUUGUUUGAAUAAAGAGCAAGAUCCAAUGUCACACAGGAUCAUCGAGAAGCGCAGGAGAGACCGCAUGAAUAAUUGCCUGGCUGAUCUCAGUAGACUCAUACCGGCAGAAUACUUGAAAAAGGGUCGGGGCAGAGUUGAGAAAACGGAGAUCAUCGAGAUGGCGAUCCGCCACAUGAAGCAUCUUCAAGGCCUCCGGCAAGAUACCAAGCAUUCGCCCGUGACGCCGGUACACACGCAUCCCGAGGACAGUGUGGACAGCGUGUCUCAUUCGACCGUGGCCUCCACCGCGGCGGAGCAUUACAAGCUGGGAUUUCAGGAGUGCCUGAGCGAAACCAUGCAUUUCCUUAUCGAGGUCGAGGGCUUUUUCGCGAGGGAUUCCCUCUGCGUACAGCUCAUCAACCAUUUGCAGCAGCAUUGCGACAAAAUCGUAGCCACCAGUGAUCGAUUAGGCUUCCCGCAUCCCGAGCUGCCAGUGAUGAAUGGCACGAUGAACGGCGCCGGUUACUCGCACACGAGUAUUCCGACGAUAUGCCAGCCCAACGGUGGCCAUUCGGACCAUGGUUCGAGCUCGGGCGUGAGCUCGUUUGGCGAUCCGGAGCGUCCGCUGCUGCGACCGGCAAUCGUGCCGCCGCCGACGAUCGUAAGUGAUGACAGCAACCACAGCACCCACUCACACAGCACACCGCCCGGGGCUGGAACUAUCUCCUGUCGGGACCGACCGACUAAUUACAAGUUCAAGAGCUCGAUCAAGCAAAGGUUUUCGGCGGAGAGGGUGAAAUCGUGCUCGCCACCAGUGUCAAACGGCAACGGGCUGGAUAAGCCACCGUCCUUAUCGUCUCAUGGGGUGCCAAUCUUCGCUCUGCAUGAUGCCGGCUCCUUUUACGUACCGCUGACAGUUGAAGCGUCUUUAAUCAGACCCUAUCUGAGCUUCAUUCCGGACACUGGACCUGACACUGUCCUACAUCCGGUCACGAUAUCGGUCAACUUCAAUCAGUCGUCGCCGCCAACGUGGUCGCAACAGCACAGUCCUACUCACCAGCCUCAGACAUAAGGGUGAGGCGAGAACAGUGGAAACGAAUGAUUUGUCAUUCGGUCGUUCGUGUCCAUUGUGAACGAAGGAAAUGUUCUCUGAUCCAUCAAUUUUCGAUUGCCGUCGGUCCAAAGACUGAUCUUUGGAUCAGCGCCCUAAUACACUAAUAUAAAAAUUCUGUGAAUUUUUGACUAAUACUGUCAUGUCCACGUUGGCGCUUCUGAGAAUCAAGAACAGCUUAUAAUUCUCCUAUUUUGUUAAUCGCGAUUCACGCGGUGGACGGCAUAAAGUGGCCUAUAUAUGAUUUUAUUAGUACAAUUAAUACCAUCAUUAAUUCUCAAUAAAUAAAAUAAAUUAUCGUCAUGUUACAAAUUCUCUCAUUAUUGUUCAUGUUAGUGUUUUAAGGUAUAUUUGUGAUGACAAUUAAAUAUCGUGUAUAGGCCGCUUUCAGAUGUGUGCAUAGAUACAUAGGAGACGCCGAAGUCGAGGAUGUUUGUACAUUUAUUGAGGCUGUGGGUCGCUUUAGCAUUUACGAGGUUCGAGAGAAAGCGUGUUAAGGGUUGUACAUAGGUAGAAUAUUAAAGAAUAGGAAGCUCCAAGUCGUUCUGGCUUUGGUGUGUCUUUCUUCGUCGUUUAUGUGUAUAAUUCGGACACCUGUUUUCCUCCAUCUUCCUUUUUCCUAAAUGGACAUUUCAUCUCGUUCCCUUUUGACUCCGUCUUUUCUCUUUCCUCGACGUCUAUUAUUUUCCAUCUGUCCGACGAAUUUUUCGCGUUGCUAUUAUUUCCUUAGUGAAAAAAAAUCAGUAUGAAUGUAGGUGAAUCGGUUAUCAAAUAAUCGUUAAUCAGUUAUACGUUGAGCAUAUAUUGAGUAUUCAGCGGAGGAACACGUUGCGUCUCAAUAAAAAGCUGGGAUCUGGAAACAAUUUCAUUUCUUAUGUACCAUGUAAGAUCAUGGACAUAGUAAAAAAAGGAACAGAUCAUAGAUAUACUAUGUCUAUGAAAAAGAUUUAUUUUUGUUAGUUUUGUUAGCAAACGCAUGACAAAUGUUA